UGAGUUUCGGUUUCUAGACUCUCUUCCUGUGAUUUGCCGUUUCCUGGAUCUGGGCAAGGGAGUGGCGCAUUCUCCUCUCUGCUGAUCUGAGAUCUACGGUUAGCAGCCGGCAGGAGCGGCAGGAGCGAUGGGCAUCUGGGGGUCGCAUCUGUACUCCGUGCAGCCGGAGAAGCUGGAGGAGUUGAUUCAGAACUCCCUGAGGCCCUAUGGAGAAUGUCAGAAGCAGAUCGAUGACACGGUGAACGCCAUCUGUGCCUUCCUGGAGGAAACCAGGCAGCUCCCCCAAGUGAUAUGUGUGGCUAAAGGUGGCUCCUAUGGCAGGAAAACGGUGUUGAGGGGCAACUCUGAUGGUACGAUUGUCAUCUUUGUGAGUGACCUUGAGCGGUUUCAGGAUCAGAAAAAAAGCCAAGAUGAAAUCCUCAGCAAGAUCUGGCAGGGGCUGAAAACCUGUCAGCUCACAAUGAAGCUGGAGGCCAGAAUGGAGAUCCGGAAGCUCCAUGGUAGGCUCAUCUUCCAGCUGUCCACCAAAUGGCAGAGCAUCACUUUUGAGGUGCUCCCUGCUUACAACGCUCUGGGCUUAAGUGAGAAGCCCAGCCCCCAGAUCUACCGAGAGCUCAAAAGAGCCCUGGAUAUGACAAAAGCCCUCCCCGGCGAAUUCUCCGUCUGCUUCACAGAACUCCAGCAGAAGUUUUUUCACAACCGUCCCAGCAAACUGACAGACUUGAUCCUCUUGGUAAAGUACUGGUACCAACAGUGCCAGGCAAAGCUGAAAGGGUCACCCCCGCUGCCCAUGUAUGCUCUGGAGUUGCUGACAGUCUACGCCUGGGAACAGGGGUGCGGAGCAGAAAACUUUGACAUCGUGGAAGGCCUCAGGACCGUCCUGGGGCUAAUCAAACAGCAGGAGCAGCUGUGUGUCUACUGGAUGGUCAACUACAACUUUGAGAAUGAGACGGUCCGGAACAUUCUGCUGAGCCAGCUCCGGUCAUCAAGAAUUCCUAGGCCGGUCAUCUUGGACCCAGCCGACCCGACCAACAACGUGGGCAAAGAUAAGGCGUGCUGGCAAAUGCUGCAGCAGGAAGCUCACAUCUGGUUGUCAUGUCUCAGCCCGAACGAGCCACCUGGGCCGUCGUGGAAUGUUCUGCCAGCGCCACUGUAUGCGACACCGGGCCACCUUCUGGAUAAGUUCAUCAAGGACUUUCUCCAGCCCGACAGAAAUUUCCUGGGCCAGAUUGCGACAGCUGUUGACAUCAUCUGUAGAUUCCUUCAAAAAAAUUGCUUUCCACAUUCAGCUACAAGAGUUCAGAAAACUGUCAAGGGAGGGUCGACCGGCAAAGGCACGGCUCUGAAGACGGGCUCCGAUGCCGACCUCGUGGUGUUCCCAGACUCGCUUAAAAGCUACACCUCCCAAAAAAGUGAGAGGUGCAGUAUCAUCAAGGAAAUCCGUAAACAGCUAGAAGCCUGUCAGCAGCAGAAAAAGCUCGAAGUGAAGUUUGAGAUUUCAAAAUGGAAGGCUCCCAGGGUGCUGAGCUUCUCUCUAAAAUCCAGAGUGCUCAACGAAAGGGUUGACUUUGAUGUGCUGCCUGCAUUUAAUGCGCUAGGUCAGCUGAACUCCGGCUCUACACCCAGCCCCAAGGUCUACGCGGAGCUCAUUGACCUGUAUAAAUCCUCAGACGCCGAGGGGGGAGAAUUUUCCACCUGUUUCACGGAGCUGCAGUGCAACUUCGUGGCCUUCCGACCCAUCAAGCUGAAGGAUUUAAUUCGUCUGGUGAAGCAUUGGUACAAACAGUGUGAAAGGAAACUGAAGCAAAAGGGGUCUCUGCCCCCGAAGUACGCCUUGGAGCUGCUCACCAUCUACGCCUGGGAGCAGGGGAGCGGGGCAGAGAAUUUCGACACCGCCGAGGGAUUCCGGACGGUCCUGGAGUUGGUCACAAAAUACCAGCAGCUCUGUGUCUUCUGGACGGUCAAUUACAACUUUGAGGAUGAGACCGUGAGGAACUUCCUACUGAGCCAGAUCCAGAGAACCAGGCCCGUGAUCUUGGACCCGGCUGACCCCACUGGUGACGUAGGUGGAGGGGACCGAUGGUGCUGGCAUCUUCUGGCAAAAGAAGCUACCGAGUGGCUGUCCUCUUUCUGCUUCAAAGAUGGGACUGGAUAUCCUGUACGAUCGUGGAAAGUGCCAACAGUGCAGACUCCAGGAAGUUGCGGAUGUUCUCAUUCAGAAGUCAUAGGAUCCUGGAGCCCUAAUGCUAGAAGAAACUUCUAGAGGUCAUCUGGCAGCUGCUUUUCAAAGAACCAGUUCGCUGCGUAGAAUCGCAGUCCCUUGGCAAUCUCUACCACUCCGUCUCUCGCCUCUUCGGCUCCUCUUGAAAUCAAGACCACUAAGUCCUUCAUAGCGUCACCCUGCUGAACUCUUGCUCUGUAAGUGACCCGCCUUAACAAAAAUACCUGCUCUCAUCCAGCUUCGUGGGCGCCAUAUUUCUCUCAGCCAUUGUGUUUCAUGGGCGCCAUAUUUCUGUCAACCGUUGUGUGUUUUCCAAGUUGCUCCUUCCUUUUCCUUCAAGCCUUAGCACGGGGAUCUCUCCGUGUUCCCAAACGGAAGCCCUUCACCGGCCGCUCGGUUCCUAUAAUUCCAUGACCUUGCUCUCACGCUCCUCCACAUUGCCUGCCUCUUGUCUGUUUCCCUCCACCCCUGCUGCACCUGCUGAAUUGAAGGUCUCCCCAGCCAGUAGUGAGCCAAUGUCUUUUUUAGCCCUUUAAACCCUCCAAAGGCUUGGAUUAUAACUGUUGCAUUACAUAUAUAAUAGCUUAUUGUCUUUUCCUUCUGAGCCUACAUUUCCCCCCAUCCAUGAGUGCCUUCUUGCCAAAUCUAAAGGCUUUAUGCUCUGGCUUUAGCUUCAGAGAUACUUGAAUGUCUAAGUGUUUUAACCUCAUUCAUCCGCUUAAAGUUUUAUUAACACCACAUACGCUGUCAUAUAAUAAGGAAUGUAUCUAGUCUUUGUCCCCAGAUCCUGGCACAGAGCUUCAGAACCCCUUGGAAUUAUCUGAUAGGAGAGUCUUUUCCAUUCAUAAGGAGCCCCUUCCAACCAUCCCUGAGUUUAUGCUAACUAGGUUUGGGCCCUUAGGUAACAGCUUCAUGGGAAGGACUGGCCAUGCCCCAGAAAUGCCAGGCAUGUGAUUAGAGUGUUGCAACCCCCAGCCGCGUCCCCCCCCCCCAACCUCCCAAGAGGAGAGGGGGCUGGAGAUUGAGUUCAAGCACACGGCGAACGAUUUAAUUAAUCGUGGCUCUGUAAUGAAACUUCCAGUCCAGACUCUGGACAACAAGGCUUGGAAAGCUUCCUGGUGGGCGAACAUAUCAGGGUGUGGUGACGGUGCAUCCUGACUCCAUGGGGAAGGGAGUUUCUGCACUUGGGACCCUUCGAGCCCUCACUUCCUGUGGCUGUUUGUCUGUAUCCUUUAUAAUAAGAUGGUGAUUUAAGUCUG